AUGCUAUCCUUGCCUGGGACGCCGGGCUCUUCCUGGGCCAGAUAUCGCGAGAGAUUCAAGCUGCUAUUCCACGGUGCAGACCCCAGGGUGUGCAUUGCAUUCUGGUUGUUUGGCCUGAUAAAUAAUGUUCUCUACGUGAUUAUCCUUUCUGCGGCGUUGGACCUUGUCGGUCCCAACGUCCCCAAGGGCGUAGUGCUUCUCGCAGAUGUCAUUCCGUCGUUUGGGACGAAGCUGAUAGCGCCGUAUUUCAUACAUGUCGUCCCAUACCCGGUGCGGAUCGUGAUCUUCGUCGGGCUCUCUGCCGUGGGUAUGCUCCUGAUCGCGUUGACCCCUGCCUACACGGACGGAGGGACGAUCACGACCAAACUGGCGGGCGUCAUCUUGGCCAGCUUAUCGAGCGGUGGUGGAGAGCUGAGCUUUCUCGGAUUGACACAUUUCUAUGGUCCAUUCAGUCUUGCGGCAUGGGGAAGUGGUACGGGUGCAGCAGGCCUGGUCGGUGCUGGGGCAUAUGCGCUUGCGACGACAUCGCUAGGUUUCAGCGUCAAGGCUACUAUCUUGGCCUCGGCAUGUCUCCCUGCGGUUAUGGUGAUGAGUUUCUUUGCAAUAUUGCCUCGAGACCCUCUGCGUUACGCACCCAAAGCUGGUCAUGACUACCAGGCCGUAUCGGUGAGAGAUAACGAAGCUGAGGAGAGGGAUAUAGGCGAAGAGGAUGCGCCUGCCAGUUACCAGGAACAUGACGGACUUCUGGGAUCGCCUGGUGGACAUCCAAAGCCGGUUGUGGUGACGGGCGGUGCAUCGUCUGGAUGGAUCCGCUUCCAGGCCAAUCUCAAACGAGUCAAGAGUCUGUUCUUUCCAUUUAUGCUUCCAUUGCUACUUGUUUAUAUUGCCGAAUAUACUAUCAACCAGGGAGUCUCUCCCACACUUCUCUUUCCUCUAGACAAGUCCCCGUUCAAGCACUACCGCGCCUUUUACCCUGCGUACAAUGCCAUCUACCAGGUUGGUGUCUUCAUCUCUCGAUCGUCGACACCCUUCCUCCGGGUCCACAAUCUAUACCUUCCAUCGCUUUUGCAAGUUGCUAACCUGACGCUGCUCACGCUGCACUCCCUGUUCAACUUUAUCCCCAGCGUGUACCUCAUCUUCGUGAUCAUCUUCUGGGAAGGACUACUGGGAGGACUGGUGUAUGUCAAUACGUUCGCGGAAAUCAGCGACCGCGUACCUAAGGAAGACCGUGAAUUCUCUCUUGGGGCGACCACGGUGAACCACGUGUUGGGUAGACCGUCUACUCAGUUUCGAAAAAUCCAGGUCUUGGCGGUUGUUUCGUUUUGGUCAUUCUAUCUUUAUAAGGGUAAUAAACAUGGGCCCCCUGGUCUUCGAUCGAUUUCCGCCAGGCUAGGAUCCUUGACACCCUGGCGGACGAUGGUCCUCACACUCCUUUAUCUCUACGUCUCGAGGAACUUCGCCAAGCUUGUUGGCCUGGAAUGCCCCGAACCUUUGGCCAACCUGUAUUCUCGUUCGUACUUCCGCGCAACAUGGAUCACGACGGGACUGGACGCUGGGUUCUGGACUGCCAUGAAGAUCAAGCCAAAGUGGCUUCGGGAUAUUGCAUCACUGGUGUUUACGGUAUACUACCUAAUUGCCGCGGAGCAGGCGGAUGAGAAAGUUCGAAGGGUGAGGGCGACUCUGACAGUAGAUCAUAUGCGCGUAGCCUGGAACAAGGCCACCACGCCGUGUCUGUCUGUUCUGUCGAACUUGAUGCGUCCUCGUUUUACGAAAUACCCUCCUCGCGCAAUACGCAUUCCUCGUCCUAGGGACUCAUCCUACAAGGAACCAGUCAAUGCAUGGCUUUACUUUGAUGGACCGCUAAGUGCUUUGCGGAGCCAGAAACAGAUUGUUCUGGAUAUACCUGGAGGUGGAUUUGUUGCAAUGAACCCCCGGACAGCUGAUGAUAAGCUUUUGGCCUGGGCGGGGAGGCUGGGGUUACCGAUCCUCAGCCUUGAUUAUAAGAAAGCACCCGAGUACCCGUACCCAUAUGCAUUGAAUGAGUGCUAUGAUGUUUACCACAUGAUUGUGAUGACCCGCGGACGCUGUUUAGGGCUCAGCGGUGCUACGCGGCCCCGUAUUGUUGUCACUGGGGAUAGUGCAGGCGGCAAUCUGGCGACAGGCUUAACCUUGAUGAUACUGCAGUCCGGCAGCACGGACACUCGCAGAUGGCAAGGAGAAGAAGUCCUUCAGCCUCCAGAUGGUCUGGUGCUGAUAUACCCUGCGCUCGAUAUGAAUGCAGGGACCUGGAUGAGCGAAGAACAAAUGGCAUUGAUACGGGACAGGAGCACUCAAAAACGGAAUGAGAAUAUCCUUCGGAGGAAGACCGAAGACUACGAACGGCUCACCCCAGCAACCACACCUCAUCAGUCAGAUGAGGAAAUACGCGAAAUCCCUCCCAUCCGCGAUUACUUCGAACACAAGGCCUCCGGCCAUGCAGAUGGUCCAUCCAAGAUAUUGUCUGAUGAGUCAAGACCAAAAGACAUCGAAUCGCAAGCUUUGGCUGCAGCCGACAACCAGCCUACCCAAAUCAGAACCCGUCUGGCUGUCUCGUCAAUGAUAUCCUACUUUAACGACCGAAUCCUCACGCCAGAGAUGAUGCGAGCAAUGAUCAUCCUGUAUAUCGGCCCCUAUAAUCGUCCUGACUUCAGCACGGACUUCCUACUUUCUCCCGUCCUCGCAUCGGAGACUCUGCUCGCUCGAUUCCCAAAGACAUAUUUCCUGACAGGCGAGCGUGAUCCUUUGGUAGACGACACAGUCAUAUUCGCCGGCCGACUCAGACAAGCCAAACUGCACCGAUUCAGGGAACGACAGGAAUUGGGCCUGGAAAAAUCCCACGCAGAAUUCAACGAAAAGGACCACGUCGAAGUGAGCCUUAUUCCCGGUAUCUCCCACGGAUUCCUUCAAUUCGCCCUCUUCUUCCCUGAUGGCUGGAAGCACAUCAACCGAUGCGCGAAAUGGAUACAGGACAUCUUCGACAUGGCAGAAGAGAAAGAACAGAAACAAUCCGCCAUCAGCCUGCGUUCUCUCUGUUCGAGGUCCGGUAGUCUUCGUGGAAACUCUUCAUCAAAGUUUGAGCCAGGCCCAACUUCAGAGGACAGCACACCUCGUCACCACCGACGAACCCUAACCGGUGAUUCUUCCGCUGACGAGGAUCGACCUCUCGAGAUCAAAGUCGGCAAAUUCACUCCCAUCACCCAAUCAGACGGCUCCGCUAGCGGAAGCAAAUCUUCUCUAUCCAACUUCACAUCGGAUGUCAAAGAGAAUUCGCGCACACCAAGCACAAGCACAAGCACCAACGGCGUGAAACGCAAUAGCAUCUCUCUCGAGAAAAAUAACAACAAAAACACCACCAACAACAAUAGAAGCAAGACACCCCAAGUCGGAGCAGGAGCAGGAGCAGAUCAGCCUCAUAGCCUACAGACCUCGAUCAAGAGGGACAAGAGCCUGGUCAGUCUGCCUAGCGAAGAGGAUCUUCUGGGUCGGCGAAUGAGUGGAUUGGCAGGGGGUUUGUCUGGUGUCGGAGAAGAGGCUAGGACGCCUUAA